AUAUAUGCUCAUAUUGUCAGAGGAAAUUCUGUGCCAGGUGUGGAGGCCGUGUGUCUCUCCGCUCCAACAGCGUUAUGUGGGUAUGCAAUUUAUGUCGUAAACAACAAGAAAUUCUAAAACAAUCAGGAGAGUGGUUUUUUGGAAGAGGUCCACAACCAUCCAGUCAGGAUGGAGCUUUAAGUGAUACUGCAACAUGUGGUGAUGCACCUAGAGAAAAGAAGGUCCGGUCAAGGUCUCAAACCCCCUUAAGCACUGCAGCAGGGUCUCAGGAGGCUCUUAAACCCAUUGUCCUCACUGAUAGAAGCAAGGGGCAGGAGAGCAUGCAGCAAACCAUGUCUUCUUCCAGGUCAAGGAGUGAACCACCGAGGGAGAGGAAAAAGCCCUUACUAACUACAGAACAGAACGGAAAAGGAGGUCAGAAGAAUGAAAGAAAACGCACUCCAAAGACUGUCACACAGCAGACUGAUAAGCAAAAUGAGGACAGAGAAGACAAGAAUCAUAAUGAGAAUAGACGUUCGGGGAAAGCUAGAUUACAGGAUCAUCAAAAUGCCAAUGAGGAAAGUAAAAAAGUUGAGCAAGAGAAACAAAGAAAAGAGGAAGAGUUUCAAACACGGUACCGUAGUGACCCUAAUUUAGCCAGAUAUCCUGUUAAGCCUCACCCUGAAGAGCAGCAAAUGCUUAUUCAUGCAAAAGUAUCCAAAGCACGGCAUGAGAGAAGGCAUAGCGACGUUGCUUUGGCAAAUGCAGAGUUGGACAAGUCAGAAGUUCCAGAGAACCGAUUGGCAAAAAGGUCUCAAAUGAAAGGGACAGAAGAGCGAAAGUCACCAAUGGAAAAUCAAAGAUCUUACUCAAUUGAAAGAACUGGGGAUAUUCAAAUUUCUGUUACUAAACAAGUUUCAAAUCACAGUCCACCUACACAAAGAUGCAUUCUUUCAGUCCAGCAUUCUGAGUCAAAGGACCAGGACUGGAGUAAAAAACAUUUGCAUCUAGAUCCAAGUUCUGCUGCUAUGAUUCGUAAAACCAAAAGGGAAAAAAUGGAAAGCAUGUUGAGGAAUGAUUCUCUUAGUUCGGACCAGUCUGAAUCACUGAGGCCUCCCCCACCCAAGCCUUACAAAACUAAAAGGGGCAAUAUAAGGCAGAUGUCAGUCAGUAGUUCAGAAGAGGAAGGUGGAUCGACACCUGAGUACACAAGCUGUGAAGAUGUAGAAAUUGAAAGUGAAAGUGUCAGUGAAAAAGGUGAUUGGGACUGUUUCCCUUUGGACCCUGCCAUCUGGCAUGUAAGUGAGACUUCACCAAUCAGUUCGCAUCCUGUUACCUGGCAACCAUCCAAAGAAGGUGAUCAUUUAAUUGGUCGAAUUAUUCUAAGCAAGAGGACAACUAUGCCAAAAGAAUCAGGAGCACUGCUAGGAUUAAAAGUUGUCGGGGGAAAAAUUACAGAAAGUGGACAACUUGGUGCCUUCAUCACUAAAGUUAAGAAAGGAAGUUUAGCAGAUGUUGUAGGCCAUUUAAGAGCAGGUGAUGAGGUGCUGCAGUGGAAUGGCAAGUCAUUACCUGGUGCAACAAAAAAAGAAGUUUACAAUAUAAUUUUGGAGUCCAAGUCUGAGCCUCAAGUUGAAAUAGUAGUUUCAAGACCUAUUGGGGAUAUUCCAAGAAUUCCUGAAACUUCCCAUCCUCCACUAGAAUCCAGUUCAAGUUCAUUUGAGUCUCAGAAAAUGGAGAGACCGUCAAUUUCUGUUAUCUCUCCAACUAGUCCUGGAACACUAAGAGAUGCACCUCAAGUACUACCUGGACAACUGUCAGUAAAAUUAUGGUAUGACAAAGUUGGACACCAGUUAAUAGUAAACGUACUACAAGCAACAGACCUUCCGGCUAGACCGGAUGGGAGGCCAAGGAAUCCAUAUGUAAAAAUGUAUUUUCUUCCAGAUAGAAGUGACAAGAGUAAAAGAAGGACCAAAACAGUAAAGAAAAGCUCAGAACCUAAGUGGAAUCAAACCUUUCUAUAUUCCCAUGUGCAUCGGAGAGACUUCCGGGAACGAAUGUUAGAAAUCACUGUCUGGGACCAACCAAGGAUACAAGAAGAAGAAAGUGACUUUCUUGGAGAGAUUCUAAUUGAACUGGAGACUGCCCUAUUAGAUGAUGAGCCACACUGGUAUAAACUUCAAACACAUGAUGUAUCUUCACUACCUCUGCCUCAGCCAUCACCGUACUUGCCACGGAGGCAUGCACGUGGGGAAAGCCCAUGCAAAAAAUUACAAAGAUCUCAGCGAAUUGGUGAUAGUGAUAUCUCAGAUUAUGAUGUCGAUGAUGGUAUUGGAGUAGUGUCAACAGCAGUAGAGUAUAGGUCUCAUGGUAGAGAAAAUAAAUCCACAACACUUACUGUGCCAGAACAACAGAGAACAACACAUCAUCGCUCUCGAUCUGUUUCUCCUCACCGAGGUGAUGACCAGGGCAGGACCCGGUCACAGUUACCAUGUGUGCCACUGCAGAGGAGUUUAGAUGAAAUUCAUCAAUCAAGACGAUCACGCUCACCAACUAGAAACCAUGAUGCCUCUAGAAGUCCAAAAGAUCGUAGGUCUAAAGAUAUGGACACUCAGUAUUAUGCAGAGGAAAGUGAGUUCCUCAUGCUACCCAGAGCAAAGAGAGGGAGAAGUGCAGAAUGCCUGCAUACUACCAGUGAUCUACAGCCUUCUCUUGACAGGGUUAGAAGUGCUAGUACCAACUGUUUGAGACCAGAUACUAGUUUCCAUUCACCAGAACGAGAAAGGAAUAGAUGUUCUCAAUCACUGGAUAGGAGACGGCCUACUAGCCCCAGGAUUUAUAUCCAGCAUGCUUCCCCAGAAGAUGACAGCUGGACGGUGGAGCCUGUUGUUCCAAAACAGGAGACUGUAAAUCAUCUUAGUGCUAAACCCAGAGCAGCUCAGAGGCAGUCAAGAACACUGGAAAGAUGUAACAUCCAAAAACAGAGUAAAAAGUACACUGCAACAGACAAUGAAAGCCUCAAAUAUAUAAAAUUAUGUCUUGUCUUUUAUUGUUUUUUAUUUCCUGUUUAUUUUGAUACAAACAGUGCGUUUACUUCUAAAAUGUACAGCAGACAGAUGAGGACAUCAGGGAGAAACAUGCUGAAGAGCACCAGUGUGAGUGGAGAGAUGUACAACUUGGAGAGGAACGAUGGAAGUCAGUCAGACACCGCAAUUGGAACCGUGGGAACAGGAGGAAAGAAACGCCGUUCCAGCCUGAGUGCCCGAGUGGUGGCAAUUGUCGGCCUGCCAUCACGGCGAAGUAGAAGCACAUCUCAGCUUAGUCAGACAGAGGCUGCCAAUAAGAAGUUGAAAAGUACCAUUCAAAGAAGCACAGAGACAGGGAUGGCAGUGGAAAUGAGAAAUCGAAUGGUCCGCCAGCCAAGCCGUGAGUCCACCGAUGGAAGUAUGAACAGCUAUAGCUCGGAGGGGAAUUUGAUAUUUUCUGGAGUGAGGUUGGGAGCAGACAGCCAAUUUAGUGAUUUUUUGGAUGGGCUUGGACCUGCACAGCUUGUUGGAAGACAGACCCUUGCUACCCCCGCUAUGGGUGAUAUUCAGAUUGGUAUGAUGGAUAAGAAGAGGCAGUUAGAAGUUGAAGUCAUAAGAGCUCGAGGUCUCACAUCAAAACCAGGGUCAAAAUCUCUCCCCGCUCCCUAUGUCAAGGUUUACCUCCUAGAGAAUGGAGCAUGUAUAGCCAAAAAGAAAACAAAGAUUGCACGAAAAACACUUGACCCCCUAUAUCAGCAGUCACUACUUUUUGAUGAGAGUCCACAGGGAAAAGUGCUUCAGGUGAUAGUCUGGGGAGACUAUGGGCGUAUGGACCACAAGUGUUUUAUGGGAGUCGCACAAAUCCUAUUGGAAGAGUUAGACUUGUCUAGUAUGGUGAUUGGCUGGUACAAACUGUUCCCACCCUCCUCCCUUGUGGAUCCCACAUUAGCACCUCUGACCCGCAGGGCUUCCCAGUCAUCUCUUGAAAGUUCAACAGGACCUCCGUGCAUAAGGUCAUAGUGGCCAGGCAGAAGAUUCGGGCCAAUUCUGAACUAAGGAACUGGGAAACAAUCAGAACCAGAAGUAGAAAUGAUCAAAGCUUUGUUGGAGCCAGACAAUCAAUCUUGUUUUUUGCCAGUAGUACAUUUUUCUUGAAAAAAAAUUAAAAGGGGGCUGUUAUGAGUUAAACAAAUAUCACAAAACUGCUUUCAAUUGGCAGAAUCAAGCACCCGUUUAAAUGACAAAAAAUUAACUAAGUUAGCAUCCAUGAAGUUUUGGGAUAGUUCCAAGCAAAACAACAAAAUACACUGUUACAUGAAUCAACUCAAAUAAACUGGAGUGUUUCUGACUUCAUUACAAGUGAAAAACAAAAGCCACACUUUCCUCCAACCUUAAGCAGUGUUACAUUACUGAGGUUAUGUGCCUGUCUUCUGCACUUCCUCUGUAAUGCUGGCUGAGUCCCAUACCAAGGACUCUUUUUAAAGCAGUUGGAAAUGCUAUAAGAGUGAGCUGACGUGGUGCUCUAAAGCACCGGCAACUGCACUUCUGGUUCCUUCAUCAAAAACAGAAUCUCUGUUUACAGCGACUCUCGCUGCUGUUCCUUUCUUAAAUUCUUUUUGUAUACAGGCACACAACUGCAUUAUGAGUAAAGAUUUUAUGUUCCUGUUUUGCAUGAAAGAAACCUAUUUCUUAAGCAGUCUCUUGACAUCAAGAGCUGAGGACUGUUAAAAGCAGCUUCAGACUUAAGUUUGAUGGUACAUUGUUAACUUGUUUUCUUCCUGCAAUUCUACAGAAUUGAAUUUUAUGUGUAUAAAUGUAUAUUUGAUUUCCUGAGAUGUUGACCAAUAAAGGGGGUUUGGUAAUAGGGCACUUUGAGCUGCCCCCAGAGCCUCCCAGAUACAGUAAGUGUGUCUUUUGGCACUUUUUUUUUUUAGCCCUGGACAGAGCAAGGUACAACUUGUUGGAUUUCACUGAAAGUUCUGGUGGAAUGACCUGCACACAUCCAGUGUUUAUUUUAUUUUUAUUAAACUUACAUUUUACAUUAUUUUAAGAUUAAUGCAAGCACAAAAAGCUUGAUUUUUUUACUGCAAAAAAUUUUGGAAAAUGAAGCCAAAUUUAAAGUUUGCUUUUUAUCCAUUUCAUUUACACUGCCUUGAUUUAAAAAAGACAAAAAGAGCAAAUAAAAAUGCUACCCUUACAGAACUUCUGUAAAUGUGAUAAAACACACAUGCCCACACCCGCACAAGCUGCAGACUGAGCAGGUGCAAUGCGAAAUUUCUUUCUCAUCCUUAAAUGGGCCAUUUUCUUUUAAGAACAACAAGUAGUGCAGCAUGACUCUUGAGCUGUUCAAAGCUGCAUGCACAUUUUGUAAAACAGAAACAAAAGAAAACAAAAAAGGUUAUUUAAAUAAAUGUGUGUUAGUUCCACAUAGGCCAGCUUGUAUGUUGCAUGUACUUGUACAGUUUGCUCGUACUUAAUAUAAAAAGAUAAAUAACCAAGAAACUGAAGCCAUUCAUUUUUGCGUAUAGACAUUUUGCAGAUUUUUUGUGCUCCAGCCUGUGUCUCAGUCUGGUGCUAAAUGUCUAUAUAGCGAUUUUAUUUUUUACCCUAUGGAAAAAGUGAUGUAGUACAGACCAAAAUCCUUCCAAUAAAUACUUUGGUGUAGAUCUGUGGGGCAGAUGUAGAAACUGUGUACAAACAAGAUUUUGAUUGCUAUAUAUAUAUAUAUAUAUAUAUAUAUAUAUAUAUAUAUAUAUAUAUAUAAAUAAUAAAUAAAUAUACUGGCUGCACCUAGCUAUUAUCUGUUAAUAAACAGGCAAGGUCAUAUUUGCCAUGCAAUUCUUUAGGCUAAUAAGGUAGAUAACUGCUCGACCUGCUGAGCAGGAAGAAUGAAAGUGUUGGUGCACUACAUUAUUAUUAUUAUUAGAUAUUAUUGUUUUAGUGUAACAAUGGCCAAAUUUAACUACUGGUAAUUGGAUGGUAUAUUUCUACUGAAAUCAGUUGUCUGAACAUUCCCCUGUGCUUCUAAAUGAAUUUCCAAAUCAUGUCAUGUAAACAUGUUUAAUAAAGUUUACUUUCCAUGUCCAGUAAGCCUGACUUGUUUACUUUGUCAGUAUUAAAAGUAAAAUGCUGAUGGUUUACAAUUAUGUGUUUCACCUAGAAAAUGAAAAUAUUCAAUUGCACCUUUUCCUCUUUGUAUUACAGAUGUGGCUCCAAUGACUCGUGUAUGUUUUAUUAAAAAAAAGAAAAUUUCUUUACAUCUAUUGUUACUAGUUACUUUUUAUGAUCUACAAAUAAAAGAAUGUGUGGAAGACUAA